AUGGGCAGCAAAGGCUCCAAAAAAGGACCACCAAAGGAACUCACACCUAAACAACUUGCAAUGCUCAAAGCAACUACCCAAUAUUCAGAUAGAGGUGGCAAAGCAGAUACUUACUGCCAGCUUGCCUUUUCAAUGUUUGAUGCUAAUCACGAUGGAGUAAUUGAUUUCAAUGAAUAUCUCCUUGCUGUUGCUGCUACAUCUCAAGGUGAUUUAGAUGAUCGACUCGAAGUUGCAUUCCAUAUUUGCGAUACCUCAGAUGACGGACAAAUCGAUCGAAAAGAAUUGGCUGCAAUGAUUUCGGCUGCGUAUGAUCUACGGGGCGAAACCAAUCGAAAAGGAGACAAUGAUCCUAAGAAGCGUGCUGCAGAAAUCAUUAGCAGAAUCGAUGUUGGUGGAGAUAAAAAACUGAACAAGUAUGAGUUCAUAGCUGGAUGCAAAAACGAUCCAGCUCUCCUUGUUCUAUUUCCACGUAACACAAGUGAAAUUUUACUUAAACUUCCUGAUUGUAUUCUUUUUUUUUAA